CUGCUGAGAGCUGAUAAUAAUCAUAUGUAGGCAGGCGUUUGGUUGUGGCGCUUAGAAAUGUCAGCGGUCGAGGCUUCGACUUCCUUCUCUUUCUUGUACAGACUGAGACCCGAAGGCCAAAAUUCUUCUUCACUCUUUCCCGUUGUCUCCUAGUAGUCGAUGACCCAGCAUAUCCACACAAAGGAGCUGUAGAGACGACUCUCUCUAUCUCUCUAUCUCUCUAUCUCUCUCGAUCGACUUUGUUCUCCUGAAUAAAACGAGUCCUUUUCUUUCUCCUCUGAAUUUUAGAGACCGUUUAAUUAUCCUAUGCUCCGGAGGGUAAACGGUUCAUUUGAAUCUGUUUCUGGGUUCUUUGAUAUGCUAAGUAUCUGGGUUAGCUUUGCUUUUUAUGGCUUUGGCUUAUCGAUGAAGGUACGGUUUUGAGGCUUUUGAGCUUUGCUGAUUCUUUUCGUCAGCUAGUUCACUUGGUUCAAAGGAUUAUGCUCUCAGGGUUUGGAUGUUGUUCUUUUUUGAGACGCCGCUUGUUCUCCGUGCUCUUCUCUUGGCUUAUUUACGGUAGAGCUGCUCGGAAGAUACCAUGACAGCCUAAUUCUGAGUCAAACCCGAUUCAGUUGAAGAAGUUCUUUUGGUUUCGUAGUUGGGCUUUUCUUAAGUGUGGUGAUUUUGCAUAGUUGAAUUUUUGGGUGGACCGUCUUCAGUUUACUUUCUCACAAUAUUUGAGAAAAGGAAGUCUUAAGGAUCCUGAAUUGUUGUCUUCAGAUCAGAAGUUUAGAGAAAAUUUUCCACCUUGUAUUCUGCUUUCCACUUAGCAGGAUCCAAGGAUACUUUAUCAUUUGAUGGGGAAUGAUGUUGCUGAAGUUGUACAACCACUACCAUGCUCUGAUGUUAAGGUGCAUCGUUUAAUGUGCAUGGAGCUGAUGAAAUUCGUUGAUAGAAUCUCUCAAGUAUUCCCAGACAUUGAAUCUGCUCGACCACGAUGCACACUGGGAAUUGAAGCCCUGUGCUCAAUAAACCUUGCAAUGGAGAAAGCCAAACUACUUAUUCAGCACUGUUCAGAAUCUAGCAGGCUAUACUUGGCAAUUACAGGGGAGGCCAUACUUGCAAGGUUUACAAGAGUACACAAUGAACUAGAACGAAGUUUAAGUCAUAUUGAAGAUAUGGUUCCAAUACUGUUGGCUGCACAGAUCUCUGGAAUCGUUGAUGAUCUUAGGGUUGCAAAAUUUACAUUGGAAUCCUCUGAAGAAGAGGCUGGGAGGGUUUUACUAGCACUGAUUCGGAAAGACAUAUCUACAUCAGAUUCAAUGGAACCAUCUGAGUUUGAGGCAUUUCAAUUUGCGGCUGCGAGACUGCAACUUACAUCCCCAAAAUCUCUAUUGAUAGAGAGAAGAGAUAUUAAGAAGCUAAUUGAUAAAUUUCAUGACACUGAGAAGACGAAGGAAAGGAUCUUGAAGUACCUCCUAUAUCUUGUGAAGAAAUAUGGCAAAUCAUAUGGGGGUGAGCAAAUGGAGAAUGCCAGUAGUGAUCAGUGUGAAAGUUCACUUACAAGCACAGACCAUGUACGCAAGCAUGUUGUAUGCAGUCAAUCUAUUGAGAAGAAAAUAGAUGUUAAAUAUGGACACUACAAGUCUCAAACUGAUACAUCUUGUACACCUCCUGAAGAAUUUAGAUGCCCAAUUUCUUCAAGGCUCAUGCAUGAUCCUGUUAUCAUUGCUUCCGGGCAGACAUUUGAAAGGGUGUGGAUAGAGAAGUGGUUCAAUGAGGGUAAUGACACAUGUCCAAAGACUCAAAAGAAGCUGCAGCACUUUUCUCUGACUCCAAACUCUGCACUGAAGGACCUUAUUUCUAAGUGGUGUAAAAGAAAUCGCAUCACAAUUCCUAACCUGCGUUCACAACCAAUUCCUGCAGCACUUUACCCGUGGAAAACUUCAUCUUCCAAUUCUAUCGCUAGCCUCGGAAGUUCUCUAAAUGAUGUACAUCUCAGAAUUGAUGUCAGCACUGUAUCCAUCGACUCUUCAGAUGCUAGUUAUUUUUCUGAUCCUUCAAAUGUUAAGAUCAGAGAUGAUUCAAGUUUUGUAUCCUCUCAGAUGAAUGGAAAUUCUCAUGAAUGCCAAUCUUUUGACAGUUUUAGCAGUGGGGAAAAUUCAGUGUGGCUAUCUAAACUUGCUGCACUUCCGUGGACAUCACAAUGCAAAGCUGUGGAAGACAUAAGAAACCAUUUCAAUGACAAUGAUCAAGCAUGUUAUUCUUUGUUAUCUGAUAGUUCUAUUGAUUCACUGUUUAGAUUUUUGAAGUAUGCACAUGAUGUUAGUGAUACAAAAGCACAAAGGGAUGGUGUUCAAGUACUUUUGGCAUUUCUAAGGAAGAGCAGUGAAAUACCAUCUUUAAGUGAAGAGAUGUUUCAUCUGUUGGCUGUUUUUCUCGAGUCUGAAGUUACUAAAGAAGCUCUAGCAAUUAUUGAAGUAUUAUCCAGCCACCAAUACUGGAAUUCCAAGAUUGUGAUGUCUGGUUCUCUUCCUUCCAUCCUAAAUAUUCUUGACAACCAAGUUAGAGAACUCCAUGCUCCUGCUGCUAGAAUAUUGUAUAAUUUGACCUUAAACAGAGACACUGGGUCCCGUGUUAUAUCCAUGGGGUGCAUCUGGAAGUUUAUUCCACUUUUGGGUGAUAGCUCACUUGCAGGGUAUUGCAUAAAAAUCCUGAGUAACUUGUGUGAAAUUCAAGCAGGAAGGGUUGCAAUUGCUGAAACCAAUGGAUGCUUAGCUUCUAUUACAGAACUACUUGAGACAGAAAGUCAAGAGGAACAAGAACAUGCAGUUGCUGUUCUCCUUUCUCUAUGUUCUCAACGGACUGAAUAUUGCCAGUUGGUCAUGGAUGAAGGCAUCAUCCCAUCUCUAGUUAAUAUAUCAGUAAAUGGGAAUAUUAGAGGGAAGGAAAGUGCAAUGGAAUUGCUUAGGAUCCUGAGAGAUGUAAGAUAUGACAAUCCUCUUGAAAGUUCACUUCCUCAUCCUGGACCUAUCCCUGAAUUCUCACAGGACUCUUGCAAGCGCUCCAAAGAAAAGAAACCAUCUUCGAAGGUUCGUUUUUUGGGAGGAAUACGGACAUUAUUCUCAAAACCCAGAACUGUAGCACUUCCUUGAGCUCUGAUACAUUGAAGAUCACAAAGUUCCAGGUACAGCUCUUUGCAUAUUUUGCAAGACCAACUUUCAUGCUUGUCCAGAGAUUAUGAGAAAGAUAAAGCUUGGUGUGUUGUGGGUGGAUAACUGCGUUGGUCUGUCAUGCUGACUUUGUACAUGUAAUUAUGCUUGGCUAUUUAUUUAUCUACGUUGUUUCAGCCAGUCUUGCUGGUUUUAUACCUCACAAGAAUGUACAGUUUUGUUGUAUUUAUGCGGGGAGGGGCUCUUAAAAUUAUGUAUCAAUUUUGAUGCUUUUGAUAUGAUUUGCUGCAUUUUUUUUCCA